ACUAUGAAAUAUUAGCAAAAGGCUUUUUAAGAUUGACAUAACAAAGAGGGAAAUAACUAUGUUACUCUAUGAGUUGCAACAUGUUUUCAUUUGCUGCACAGAACAUGAAACAUGCAGGUUGUAGUUGUCUUCUGGGGAGGCGGGAUGUUGGGGAGGCAGGACGUUUGGGAGCCUUAUUUUACAAAUGAAAGGUGAAGCCACUUGCUGUGGGGUCACACAACUAGUUAAAGGGAAGCUCUGAGACUGGAAUAAUGGUUUUCUGCCUGGUAUCAGAGUGCAGCUGAACUUCUUGGUUAAAACCAAUACAUAGGAACUAAACCACAGGCCUGCUGUGGUGACUUACAUCUGUAAUUCCAGCACUCUAGGAGGCCGAGGUGGAUGGAUUGCUUAACCCCAGGAGUUCAAGACCAGCCUGGGCAACAUGGUGAAAUCCUGUCUUUAUGAAAAAUACAAAAAAUUAUCCAGGCAUUGCAGUGCCAGCUAACCAGGAGGCUGAGGUGGGAGGAUACUGUGCCUGGUAGUGGAGGCUGCAGUGAGCCAUGAUCACGCCACUGCACUGCAGCCUGGGUGACAGAAUGAGACUGUCUAGAAAAAAAAAAAGAAAAAGAAAGAAAAACGCCCAACACGAUUUAUUCUUCUUCCUUCUGUCUUUUCAACUGCUCCAGUGUGUUCAAGUUUCCAGAACAUUCCUAAGGGAAGGGCAUUCGCUGGCCAGAGCUGGGGAGCAUUAAUGAACAAUUAAAAGUGGCUUUGGUGAAGAAAGCAAACGGAAGCCUGCUGCAUGCAUAGGAGAAUAAUAUUUUCCCUCUGAAGAGGGCAGUACGCAACCAAGGCCAAGUUGUGUACUCAGGUUUUUCUCCCAGGUCUUGCAGUGCAGCCCUCAGAAGCCGAAGCAUUUCCAAGAGCUUAUUUCUGAAUGACAAACAUCUUCAUACACGAAAUAGGAUUCUGGAGGUUUGAGCACAGUCACACACUGCCUCUUGCCUGAGGGGACACAAGGCAAACUGAUACUAAGGUGGUUAUGUAAGAUGGAUGGAAGAAACUCCAACGAUUUCUUUUUCUAUCAUCUGCCCUCCCAAACCGUCCUCUAUGAAAUUAAACAAUAGCACAGCAUUUCAGAUGGUCUCUGAUGUUUGCAGAAGGAAGUGUUUCUUUUUCUACUAAGACUGCAUGCAGCCUGGUUUCUGCUGCCUAAAGCAAAACACCUUCUCGAAAACAUCCUUUGCACAGAAAUAAAAUGUUGGGACUGGGGAUCUUAGCUCCUGGGAUGCAUUUAUCAAGCCAAUCACAGUAAUUAUAAUUAAAACACAAACUAAGUGAGAGCCGAGCAUGAAAUACAUUAGCAGGAAACCUGAACUGCCUACAAUUAAGCCCUGCUUGGUGGCAUUUUGAGGUAUGUCAUUAAUACAUUUUUGGGGUGGAGAAGAUUGAUUUUUUUUCCUUAAACAUCUUGGUCUAGUUGCAUGAAAGGCUUCAACAUCAGUCACAAAGGAGGAAUAAGGAUACACACUAUUAACUGCUAAGAUUAGAGCUGUAACACAGAUGUCCAAAGGUAGCCUAAUUGGCUAUUUUUAAAAAAAAUCUUCCUCAGACACACUGUUAAAUAUGUUUAUUGGGCAUUAAUUUAACCUAUGUCUAUUUUAGGGAAGCAAAUAAUUGAAGAUCUUUAGGGAAAAUACAGCUUCCAUUCCUAGCCUCAAUGCGUUAAGUCGACAGUGUUGAAAACCUUUCCACUCUUCCCCAUUGUCUAGAGGAGAAAGUCCGUUCUCCUUACAGGUUCUUCAUUCAGGUGUCGCCUCUUCAGUAAAGUCCUUAACAUAUUCUGCUCUCCUAAACCUGGGCUCCCUCAGUCAUUAAAACAGGUAUCACACUGGUUUUUAAUUCUAUUUAUUUAUUUGAUCUUUCUCCCCUGGGUCUCCAGCACCUAGCACAUGACCCAGCACAGAGCAGAUGCUUCAAAAACGUUGAAUGAAGAGCGACCAAAUAAAUAAAUAAAUAAACGAAUGAAUAAAUGAAUGAUCUAUCUUCCUGGGCACCACAAACCAAAUCCUCCAGGUAAUCCUCCAUUUUGCCCUACCCUGGACAGAAGUCAGCUGGCUCUGCAAUGGAAAUUCUGGAAGACUUUUAGGAAAAAUACAUAGAAGAGUAGCUUAGGAGAGGCAGCUCAGGUUGGAAGGGAUGUGUGUGAGGUAGGGUGUGUGUGUGUGUGUAGCACUAUGAAGCUUCCCAUUAGAAUAAAAGCACAGGAUUUUACUUAAAUCUUAUUUGGGGGAUUGGGUGGGUGAUGACAGACUCCAGGGCACACCUGGGUGUAUCUUCCCAUUUUGCCUAGGGAUGGGAGAGCAUAGAAGAGAUCUUUCUCCAAGCCACUUCAAAUAUGUAUAUUUUUAAUUUCUAUUUUGAGAUUGUAGAUCCAAAUGCAGUUGUAAGAAAUAAUACAUAGACAUCCCAUGUACCCUUCACCCAGUUUCCCCCGAUAUUGACACGAUGGCAACCAGGACAUUGACAUUGAUACAAUCCACCCACCUUACUCAGAUUUCACCAGUUUUAUAUGCGCUCAUUUGUAUGUGUGUGUGCGAGCGUGGGGUGUACACUUUAUAUAAUAUUUCUGAAAGUGGCUUUUCCCUCGCAAUGGAGACUGGUGAGGGGUCCAGCCUGAUCCAUCCCUGCCACGGAGUUGACUCCGGCAGACAGCAGUCUACGCUUGUAUUCGUCUCCCGCACACAGUAGGUGGCCAACGACCGUCCCAACCCUUGAACUUGUCAUGUCAGGGCGCGUGCAGGAGGGGAGCGCCACAUUGUAAGGAAGAAAACCGAGACUUAAGUGCCCAGUAUUUUGGAAGCAAAAAUCAAACAAACAAAAAACUUGACGAUUUCCCCCCGAAUUGUGAAUUAGCUAGCCGGCUAAUUACUCCAAAGCGAUCCUGGUGCCGGCACUCGCUGCGACCGCCGAAAAGCGCUGUUUCUGAGACCCGCUCCCGGCUCUGCCAGCGGGGUAGGGGACGCGGGGGCUCCUCCCACCCCUACCGCCGCGUUCACCCCUUUCUUCCCUGGGGCUGGACUGUUUCACCCCGUCUCCAGGCAACGGCCAGGCGCACCGAGCGGGACGUCAUUUCCUGAGGAGCCCGGGGGGAGGGGGCGGGCAGGAGGAGGGGCGAGGGGGCGGGGCCCGAGCCGAGCUGGCAACGCGACGGCGUCGGAACUCGCUGGAAGACUCGGCCCGGGUGGCUCAACAGUUCGCAAAGUCCGGGCUCGCGGCCGGGCGGCGCAGGGGCGCAGAGGCUCCCCGGGCGGCUGCAUCCCGGGGCUGCCCCGGACAUGCCCCGCACCCCUUGUCGGACGCCCGCGCGGCUUCACCGCCUGCGACUCCUGGACUUCUCUGGGACUAGAGCGCCCUCCGCCCCAACUUCUGACUUUGGGGUCCCCCAGCCCUAGAGGAAGGGGCGGCCCGGCUGUAGUAGCCCCGGGCAUGGUGUGACGGGGCAGUCAGGUCAGCUUUGCGGCGCCCCCAAACUCCAGCCACCCGUCGUCUCCGUGCCCUCCAGAAUGUAGCUGCUGACCCCGCGUCCCCCGGACUCCAGCAGCAGUCUCCGCCACCUCCGGGCUCCAGCAGCCAACUCUUGUGUCUCUCAGGAACCCGCCGACGUCUCCGCGUCUCCCGGAUUCCAGGUUCGCGACCCCCGCCGUCUUCGCGCCUCCAGGACUCUAGCAGCGGUCUCCGCGACCCCCUAGGAUCCAGCCACUGUACCCGUGCUCCCCAAACCCAGGCUCCAGCCGUCGUCUCCGCGCUCCCGGGGAUCCAGCUGUCGCCCAAUACCCGCGAGGACAGCGGCACCCCCCACACCCCGCGCGCCCAGAGCCCGGCCGGGCCUCGGCGUGGAGAUGAACGCGCCGCUGGACGGCCUGUCAGUGAGCUCGUCCUCCACCGGCUCGCUGGGCUCGGCGGCCGGGGCGGGCGGCGGCGGGGGCGCGGGGCUGCGGCUACUGUCUGCCAACGUGCGCCAGCUGCACCAGGCGCUGACCGCGCUGCUGAGCGAGGCGGAGCGGGAGCAGUUCACCCACUGUCUGAACGCUUACCACGCGCGCCGCAACGUCUUCGACCUGGUGCGCACCCUGCGCGUGCUGCUGGACAGUCCGGUCAAGCGGCGCCUGCUGCCCAUGCUUCGUCUGGUCAUCCCGCGCUCCGACCAGCUGCUCUUCGACCAAUACACGGCCGAGGGCCUCUACCUGCCCGCCACCACCCCCUACAGGCAGCCCGCCUGGGGCGGCCCCGACGGCGCGGGGCCAGGGGAGGUGCGCCUGGUGAGUUUGCGGCGUGCCAAGGCCCACGAGGGCUUGGGCUUCAGCAUCCGUGGGGGCUCGGAGCACGGCGUGGGCAUCUAUGUGUCUCUGGUGGAACCAGGCUCUCUAGCUGAGAAGGAAGGACUGCGGGUCGGGGACCAGAUUCUGCGCGUCAACGACAAAUCCCUGGCCCGGGUGACCCACGCGGAGGCCGUCAAGGCUCUGAAGGGCUCCAAGAAGCUGGUGCUGUCUGUGUACUCAGCAGGGCGCAUCCCCGGGGGCUACAUCACCAACCACAUCUACACCUGGGUGGACCCGCAGGGCCGCAGCAUCUCCCCGCCCUCGGGCCUGCCCCAGCCCCACGGUGGUGCCCUGAGGCAGCAGGAGGGUGACCGGAGGAGCACCCUGCACCUCCUGCAAGGAGGGGAUGAGAAAAAGGUGAACCUGGUGCUGGGGGACGGCCGGUCCCUGGGCCUCACGAUCCGUGGGGGAGCUGAGUAUGGCCUUGGCAUUUACAUCACUGGCGUGGACCCAGGCUCUGAAGCAGAAGGCAGCGGGCUCAAGGUUGGGGACCAGAUUCUAGAAGUGAAUGGGCGGAGCUUUCUCAACAUCCUACACGACGAGGCGGUCAGGCUGCUUAAGUCAUCUCGGCACCUCAUCCUGACAGUGAAGGACGUCGGGAGGCUGCCCCAUGCCCGCACCACUGUGGACGAGACCAAGUGGAUCGCCAGUUCCCGGAUUGGGGAGACCAUGGCGAACUCAGCAGGGUUUCUUGGCGAUCUCACAACAGAAGGAAUAAACAAGCCAGGAUUUUACAAGGGCCCAGCCGGCUCCCAGGUGACCCUGAGCAGCCUGGGGAACCAGACACGCGUGCUGCUGGAGGAGCAGGCUCGGCACCUGCUGAACGAGCAGGAGCGCACCACCAUGGCCUACUACCUGGAUGAGUACCGUGGCGGCAGCGUCUCCGUGGAGGCCCUCGUCAUGGCCCUGUUCGAGCUGCUCAACACCCACGCCAAGUUCUCACUCCUCUCUGAGGUGAGAGGCACCAUUUCCCCGCAAGACCUAGAACGCUUCGACCACCUGGUGCUGAGGCGUGAGAUUGAGUCUAUGAAGGCGCGGCAGCCCCCAGGCCCCGGGGCCGGGGACACCUACUCCAUGGUCUCCUACAGUGACACGGGUUCGUCCACAGGCAGCCACGGCACCUCCACCACCGUCAGCUCGGCCAGGGAGCGGCUGCUGUGGCUUAUAGACCUGAUGGAGAACACUCUGGACCUGGAGGAAACUGGCGAGGCUGUCCAGGGCAAUAUCAACACCCUCCCAGAUGUGUCCGUGGAUGAUGUCAGAUCCACCUCCGAGGGGCUGUCAAGCUUCAAGCCACUGCCUCCGCCACCACCUCUGGCCCAAGGCAACGACAGCCCACUAGGCCAGCCAAGGAAGCUGGGGAGAGAGGACCUCCAGCCACCUUCCUCCACGCCUUCCUGCUCGGGCACUGUCUUCUCAGCUCCACAGAACCGCAGCCCGCCGGCGGGCACCGCACCCACCCCAGGGACCUCGUCUGCACAGGACUCGCCCUCUUCCCCCAUCUAUGCCUCCGUCUCCCCUGCCAACCCCAGCUCCAAGAGGCCACUGGAUGCCCAUCUGGCCCUGGUCAACCAACACCCCAUCGGCCCCUUCCCGCGGGUCCAGUCACCCCCGCACCUGAAAAGCCCCUCUGCAGAGGCCACAGUGGCUGGGGGCUGCCUUCCGCCCCCAUCGCCCUCUGGCCACCCAGACCAGACAGGCACAAACCAGCACUUUGUCAUGGUGGAGGUCCACCGCCCCGACAGCGAGCCAGACGUCAAUGAAGUGAGGGCGCUGCCCCAGACGCGCACAGCCUCUACGCUCUCCCAGCUCUCCGACAGCGGGCAGACUCUAAGCGAGGACAGUGGUGUAGAUGCUGGCGAGGCAGAGGCCAGCGCCCCAGGCCGAGGCAGGCAGUCGGCGUCCACCAAGAGCAGGAGUAGCAAGGAGCUGCCUCGGAACGAGAGGCCCACAGAUGGAGCCAACAAACCGCCUGGACUCCUGGAGCCCACAUCCACUCUGGUCCGUGUGAAGAAAAGUGCGGCCACCCUGGGCAUCGCCAUUGAGGGUGGCGCCAACACCCGCCAGCCCCUGCCUAGGAUUGUCACUAUUCAGAGAGGCGGCUCAGCUCACAACUGUGGGCAGCUCAAGGUGGGUCACGUGAUCCUGGAAGUGAAUGGGCUGACGCUUCGGGGCAAGGAGCAUCGGGAGGCCGCCCGCAUUAUCGCCGAGGCCUUCAAGACCAAGGACUGUGACUACAUCGACUUUCUGGUCACUGAGUUCAAUGUGAUGCUCUAGAGGCCAAGGCCCGAGGGCCUCCCACCACUGCCCAGCUCCUGGUCCCAGUCCCUUCCCACCGUUGGCUUCAUCAAGCUCCUUGCGGGGUUGGGGCUGCAUGGCCAGGGUAGCAGGAAGACAUCCCCCCUCCAUCCCAGCCCACUGGGCCAGAACUGGGAGAAGAAGAGAGCAGGACAAGGCAGACAAAAGGUCAGGUCAGGAACUGGUGCUGUGCUGGGUACACAGUAGGCACCCAAGACAAGUGGGUUGUAAGACAGGAAGAAAGGAAAAGGAAGGGCAGAGUGCUGGUUUCUCCAGGUUGGGUUGGGGGCACUGCUGUCCCCCCUCCAGCUAGGACCCAGCCCAUCCCCAGAUGCCUGAGCCUUUGUCCAAAGUGAGGUCACUUGAGAAUUCGUGGACAUGGCCCCCAGUCAGGGGGCAUCUUGCAGGACCUUUAGUGCCACAAAUAAGCAUCGAGCACCUCCCCAUUCACACCCCCAUUCCUCCUGGCUCCUUAUCCCCCAUGGUGUUUAUUAUUUAUUUCCCUCCCCAUGCCCCUGGGGACCCCAAGGCCCCAGCUUCCCUCUGCACCCCCAGCCUAUCCCAGAGGCCUUGCAGGUGACCAGCAGUGUCAUUGCAUUUAUAUACAGAGCUUAUGACUUUAAUUUUUCAAUAAAGAAAUCUGAACAAGGUUA